CUAUAGUCUCAGUCAUGAACAUGUUUAUUUUUACCCCUUCAACACUAGCGCUUUUGAACAACUAUAAUCGCUUUGUGGGGAAUACUGAGGAUAUGAACCCAACAGAAAAACAAGAAACUUGGACAUUUAUGCGAGCAAUAUCAUCCACUGGACCAAUCAACGAGCUUCACAAAUAUUUGGUGAAGAAAGGAAUGGCAUCAACAUCAAUGGUAAAUGUACAUUAUGUAAACAAAGAGGGAGUUUAGUAACUUCCUUUCCAUUCAUCGCAAGGAUUAACACACAAGCCCGCUGCGAGAGCUUUCAUCCAAUCACAAUUGCUCAACAGUUUAUUUUAAUUAGAUGCAAUCACCCCCAGCGAGCUUGCGCCUUUGUUUUGAGAUGAGCGGAAAAGAGCCUUUUAGGCCCUGUUUACACUAUAUCGGAUUCGCUGGUCACGACAUCUUCUUUUGCCGUUACGGAGCAACGGUUAGUAGCAAAUGCUUAUUAAUUUGACAGAAUUGGCAUGUUUAUUUGGGUCUCUGAGAUUAAAAAUCUUCACAGCCUUUCGAUACCUACAAAAUUUGACCCACUCCGAUAGCAAUCGGGCAUAGUGUAAACGGGGCCUAAACAUGCCGCUAAUCUUGGUGUCAUUCUUUUGCGUGAGAAAUCAAUACAAACCACUGCAUGAUCUCAGUUAAACGCUUGAUAGAGAGAUCCAUUGUUCUUUGCCUCUGGAGCAAAACGUGAAGCCAAGUGAAAAGUAUAGGCAAGAAGAAAAAGUAAAGAUAUCAGAAAAAUACAUUAUUUGUGAGGCGCGCAGCAAAAAUUUCAAGUGUAAACGGGCCUAAGGUGGCUUCCUACUGUUUUUUCUGGCAGGAGGAAAUCUUAGGAUACAGGGCAGAAUUGUUUAUUGUUACUUGUUGAAAAGCAAAGAGUAUCAGAGUUAUAGAAAAUAGUACCUGAAGAACAUAAAAUUUACCAAAACUGUCGUCACUGCUGUUACUAUGGUAACCAUGACCUUUCAAUAUGGUUUUCAAUUCCAAAUUUUUGCUUUUAAACUUAUUUAACUUGAAAAAACAACUGUAACCUCUAUUUUUAUUUUGCUAAUCGUUUUCAAUUAUUGAAAAUAAUUAUUUGCCAACUUUAAAAAAAUCGCCAGGCUCGAAAUGCUUAAUUGCAAAACACACGUUUUAUUAUAUUUAAAAAAAUCGAUGGCGAUUUUUUAAAAUACUAAUCGAAGAUGAUUAUAUUAACAAAAUAAAAAAUGUGUGUCACCGUUCUUUUUUCAAGUUAAAUUAGUUUAAAGCAAAAAUAAUCGUCCAUAUUAAAACGUCAUGGUUGUCAUAGUAACGGCAUUGAAAUCAAUUUUGGUAACAAUUUCAUACUCUUCAGGUAAUAUUUUCUAUAACUCAGAUACUAUUUGCUUUUCAACAGGUAACAAUUGUUAAAAAAUCAGCCCUAAGUCGUAAAUGUUUGUGUUGCAAAACAACCCAGUAGCGAUCUUUCUUAAUGUGAAUUUAUAUAUAUUAGAACGUCUUCAUACAAGAAUUGUACAAGAUGUGGUUCUAUCGAUAUAAACGACUUGGGUAUCGAGACUCUUCUGGUUUUGAACACGUUUUUGUUGGUGAGAUAUCUCGGGGAGUUGUGUCUGGUUUCCAUAACUGGCUUCAGCUCUACUAUCUUGAGCGCAAUAACCAAGUAGACUAUCGUGGUUUCCUGAAAUAUUAUAAUGUUGAGGUACUUUAAGUAUAAACGCUGAUUAAUUAUUUUUCCAAAUUACGUAACAGAAACAGCCAUAUGAGCAUGGACUAGCAAGAUGUGAUUUAAGGCUAGGGUUAUAUACCUAGACCAAAAGAAACAGCACGCUGUAGACCACAAGAUUAAGAACGUACUUUCAAAGCACCAAGCCUAUAGAAUACGCUGAAUUAUAUAGUUCUGCGUUAUGGUGGUUUCAGUCGCGAUCGUAUUUGCAUCAGGGAAAACUGAAAUAGUUGGAUGAAAUUUUGAGUCAUCCAACAUUGCGAACAUAAUUUAUACAAAAAUGUUUAUUAUCUCAUAGGUCUCCCGAAAAUGUCUUUUAUUUUAAAAAAAUCCAUACAAUUUGCAUUAAAAUGUAAUGCUUUGACAUGCAAUGCUUCAAUAUGCAGUAAAACCUCUAUAAUUUGUAUUACAUGAAGUACGUGUAACAUCACAAUAACGUUGCGUCAUUAUGUAAUAUAUAUCCGCCCCAAGGUUGACAACAAAAUACAAAUUUAAAACUGUAUACAAAAACUUAAUGACGAAAAAACUCGUACAUAAACAUCGAAAUUUAUUUAAAAAACUAACUCACUAUCGGGUAAGACAUAACUUCUACAUUGUGUUUUUUCUUCUCUCAUCACUUUUAAACGAGUUAACUUUGCGAAAAUUCCGAGGAAAAUUCAUCAAAUUCGUAACUCAAUUUGGUCAAAACUAUAUGCGGGAUGAUGGCUCCCGGCGUUACGUCACAAAAUAAAGCUCUCUGAUUCGCUGGGAAAUUUCAGCCUGCCAAUCAGAGUGUUUCUUUGAAAUUUAAAAAAUUUUCAGCAAAUGAGAGAGCUUUAUUUUGUGACGUAACGCCUGGAGGAGUCGUCCCGCAUAGUUUUGACCAAAUUGAGCAAUUUUUCUCGGAAUUUUCGCAAAAUUAACUCGUUUGAAAGUGAUGAGAGAAGAAAAAAACACAAUGUAGAAGUACUAAAGUUAUUUCUUACCAUAGUGAGUUUUUUUAAUGAAUUUCGAUGUUUAUGUACGAGUUUUUUCGUCAUUAAGUUAUGGUAUACAGUUUUAAAUUUGUAUUUUGUUGCCAACCUGGGGGAUAUAUAUUACAUAAUGACGCAACGCUAUUGUGAUGUUACACGUACUUCAUAUAAUACAAUUUAUAGAGGUUUUACUGUACAUUGAAGCAUUGCAUGUCAAAGCAUUGCAUUUUAAAGCAAAUUGUAUGGAUUUUUUUUAAAUAAAAGACCUUUUCGGGAGACCUAUGAUUAUCUUGCUAAUUUAUGCUUUCUGUUAAUUCAAAACUUGGAAGACGAAAUAUAAAUUUGCGUAGCUGCUGUUUCAAAAGGGUAAGGGUAACGUAACCUUUUAGCUGAAUUUGCCCUUUAUCGGUAUGUACGCGGUUCGAUUGAAAAGAUUGCCCAAAUUUUCCGGUUGGAAUUUUUCGUAUGAUAUCACCUGCUAGUUCCAUUUAUAAUUUGGCGAAAAUUUUGGCCGGAAAGGUUAUCUCAACCACGAAGGUCAUCUCAACCACUAAACAACAUUUCAUUUCGGGGGGGGGUUAAUGUACGUACGGUUAUUCACCCUUAUUUGGUUUUCUUUUCUUUAAAUUUUUCUUUCCCAAAGCAAAACGGGAAAGGUUGAGCUGUUAAUUCGUACGAUGUUGCUCAAUACGUAAUUUGGUUUUCGAUAUAUUUUCCUUUUUUUGGGGGGGAGGGGGGGGGGUUACUCCCCAUGGCUAUCAUGAUCACAAUGAUUUCCUGUGUUGGUUUGGUUUGAGUGAAUAAAACGGACAUAUUCCGAACCGAUUUUCUGUUCAAAUGUUGCUUUUAUAAUUACACAAUUUAAAACCAAAGAGGUUUUCCUUGUAGAUGGUAAACAACUUAAGGGCCCAAAACAAAAGUUGAGCCCAAAUUAAAUGGAGAUUACUGCCUUAAAUCAAUAUGAUCAGUUGAAUCUCAACAAGUGUAGUUUAGCAUGGGAUGAGAUAAAUCGCUUACUCAUUGAGUGGCCUGCCAGCGCGCAAGUACUUACCUACCGGAGUACACCAAUGUUACAAUCUGGUAGUUCUUUUUCUUUCCUCCAAGUACCAUUUAUAGGAACACGUAUCACUUUCUAUCGGUGUAACUUACUUUUUGCUGGUACCAUAAGACCUUUCCAAGCCCCCAUUAGGUAUUCAAAACCUUAAUUCGGUAUAUGUGUAAGUCUGACAUUGACUGAUGCGAUUAAAGCCUGGUUUCCAUAUGGUCGUAACGGUCGUAAAAAUUGAGUCACGAUCUUUCUCAUCAGCCGAAAUACAACAUUUUAAAGCUGAAAACACGCGGAAUGAUUAUAGCAAGAGAAUACUUAUGAUUUAUAUGUGGUUUAGAAGUAUUUAACAGUUAUUCUACGAACUCGAGUCGAAUAUGAGCUGAUAACCCAUGAGGCGCGUAGCUCCGAAUCGGCUAUCGCUCAUAUUCGACGAGAGUGAGUGGAAUAACUGUUUUAUUAUAUACACAAGGUCUGAAUUCACAGACUUUGCUUUUCGAAUAUUUUCAAUAUCUUUCUAUUUUGUUUUAUGUUUUUAUCUUCGCUCUUUCGGCCGAUUAUUUUUUCAAAAAUAUAUAUUUUUAACCACUUUAAAUAUUAAAAAUUUAUUUGCUAACCCGAAAACAAUUUGUGGGAGUUUUGUCAUUGUGUUUUUAAUCCUGUGAAGGCUAUAAAAAGCGACAACUUGCCGUUUUCUCGUUUGCAAAACAUCGUAAAUUCAGUUUGGCCGCCAUUUUGUUUUUCUCUACUAGCAGGAUAUGAGCUAAUAUCCUGCUAGUAGCGAACCAAUCAGAUUGCAGAAUACCUCAUAUCCAGACCUUGUGUAUAUAAUAAAAACUAUUAUACACUGGCCGCGUUGUUUUCACGGCCAUUACGACCAUAUGGAAACCAGGCUUGUUGAAUGUUGGAGUCGAUGGUAGAUCUAGACUUGCAAGUUUCGAAGAAGCCAUUAAUUGUGCUCUUUUUUCUAACUCGUAAUUUGAGAAACCUACAUUGUGUACUUCACAAGACUAAAGGCCGUUUUCCACAAGGCGGAAUUUCUCUCUUGUGAUUUCUUGGGUGGAACUAAUUAGAAAAGACAAAGACAAAUCCGAGCGGAAAAUUCCGCCUAGUGGAAAACAGCCUUAAUUAAGUUCACAACGUACGAGCCUUAAGCUUCUACCAGCUUAAGUAUACGUGGCAAUAACCAUUUUUAUACCAGUGAGAAACGAUUAAAAAUCUUGAAUUAUUAUAGCCUAAACUUAGUAUACAUAUUAUUUUGUUAUUGCCAAUAACAUUGUCACUGAUCGGGAAAUUAUUUUCUGUUAUUUUUAGCCAAGUCGCGUGAAAUUGCAGAUAUUCUGGGGAAAGUAUAAGAAGGCGGUCACAAGUUUAUUCCUCGGGACAAGCCCAGAAUUUGACAUCGCUCUGUACACCUUGUGCUUUUUGGUGAAUCCAGGAAAGUCAUGCUCGUGUAGAAUCAAUGGUGAGAACAUUCCUGUUACUACUCAUUCAUAUUAUGGAGGAAAAUUUGUGGGCUCUGCUUAUGUAAGAAUAUAGUCACAGUUUGACUUUCUGUUAUAUGAAAUAAAGAUUAAAAAUACUGAUGUGUUUGGUAAAUGUGCAGCACGCUAAUUUUGAC